AUGAAUCCCGCAUCACAAAUUCCCCCGAGAAGUACACCAAAGGUGGGAAAGCAGAGAGAGCGAAAGAGGAUAAUAUCAAACCUUACAUCGGGCCCCGACAUAGCAAAAUCCUCACAUCAGGAAAAAUCCUCCAACCGCUGCUCUCCCUUUGAAUCUCACCGUCGGGAUAGCGAAUUCGAGCCCAACACCGAGAUUUCGAAGGCCUCCAAGGACGCGUUGGAAACCCGCAAAAAUCUGGCGGGAGCUCGAGUUAGCCAAAAAAAUGGCAGCAAUCGGGUGUUCGACAGCAAAGGGAGUACCAAACUUGAGUCGUGCCCGCACUCCGUAUCAGUCGGUGGGAGGAGUUUUUGA